AUGGGAAUUAUCAAUAUCAUCAAAUUUUAUAAUAUCACGGAAAUACUUGGAAGCCGUGUAGAAAUUGUUACUCCUGUAACAAGUUUUACUCGAUGGUUAUAUUUAUUUGAACAUGGUGUUCCACCAUACGAUGGAGGAGUUUUUCACCAAAAUGAUAUUUAUUAUUGUGCUGUUUUAUUUAUUGGAUGGUUUAAAGGGUUAUUGAUUUUGUCUUAUUUAUUAGUUGGAUCUUGGGAUUUCUUAAAAUCAACAUAUGGUGUAAUUCUUUUAUUACCAGAUUUAACUCCUAAUAUUGGCCUAUUUUGGUAUUUUUUUAUUGAGAUGUUUGAUCAAUUUCGUAGUUUUUUUCUUGUAGUAUUUCAAUUACAUGCUUUCAUAUUUGCUAUACCAGUAACUUUAAAAUUCAGAAAUCAUCCAUUAUUUGCUAUAUUUCUAUUAUGUGGUAUCAUGGCAACAUUCAAAUCCUAUCCUUCAAUUGAUAUGAGAUAUAAUUAUCUUACAACAAAUAUUUUUUGUUAUUGUUCAAUAUUAUCACCCAUAUUUUAUCAUUUAUGGAUUUAUGCUGGUAGUGGCAAUGCUAAUUUCUUUUAUGCAAUAACAUUAGUAUACUCAAUUGGAAACAUUAUAUUAUUAGUUGAUACUACUUAUGCAAUGUCCAGAAGAGAAUUUGAUAUUUGGAACCCAGAAUUUAGAAAUUGUGAAAUCACUCAAAAAUAA